AUGCUGCCACUCACAAGAUUUCUCCGAUUUGUUAUUGUGGCGACGCUGUUAUUGCUCAUACCAGCCUUUGUUUAUCUCUCGCAAAGUACUUCGUCUCCAGUACGAGACCCAAAGACGGGCGAAUAUAUUUGGGAGGCUUUAAUGCAAUCGAUGCAAGGUCACGGUCCAGAUCAGGAUCAGGUGUCUCAUGGAAAACCAUAUUUCCCUAUCACUGAUUGGCGCAGCUUCGCAAGCCAUUGGAUGCCAACAAAUCCGGCAGCGAUGUACCAUAAUUGGCAUCAACCUGUGCCGCAAACGGUGCCUACUCCUGCUGCCACGCUCCCAACAACCCAUGGGACAAUUUCGCCAACGCUUGCUGUCCCCAUGCCCACAGAUUCUAUUAAGCUGGACAGUAAAGUUGAUGGGGCUUAUGCGCCUUCUAUGAGUAAUGAAACGGCUAAGGCUGAAUUGGGCCGCUCAACAUGGCGAUUCCUGCAUACUAUGAUGGCACGCUUUCCUGACAAGCCAACGCCGCAACAAAGCGCAGACCUACAAAAUUUCAUGCGUUUGUUCUCGCUUUUAUACCCGUGCGGUGAUUGUGCCGCACACUUUCAGCAACUCCUCAAAGAAUGGCCACCUCAAACGGCUUCGCGCCACAAUGCCGAGAUCUGGCUUUGCAAUGUCCACAACCAAGUUAACAGGCGUUUGCAUAAGCCACAAUUUGACUGCUCUAAGCUGAAUGAGACUUAUGACUGCGGUUGCGGCACCAAGACAAUGGCAAAGACGAAUCUUUACGACAUCGACACCAAAGAGGCCUCGGGCAUGGCGCACAUUUUGCCUAUCCGCACUGUUUGA